GUCGGCGCGUGCAGCAGCGAGGCAGUGCGGGUGUGCGGGUCUUAGUGGCGCGUCCCACCAGCUGCGGAGCACAACAAGAUGGGGCGAAUACUGUCGCUGAAGAGCGCGCUGCACGAGCCGAUAGCGGCCGACCACUCACCGUCUGCGGCGACCACAGGAGUGUUCCGCUCUCUGGCGGAGCAGCCGCCGUCCGCCGCCAUGCCCGCCUCCAUGCCCGCCGCCAUGCCCGCCGCCAUGCCCGCCGCCAUGCCCGCCGCCAUGCCCGCCGCCAUGCCCGCCGCCAUGCCCGCCGCCAGGAGCCACGCCGAGCCAGCGCCCGCAGGCGCGCCGUGGAGCGAGACCUCCCCUCCUCGGCCAGGCGUCGCCGUCACGCCGGAGGACACGCCGAGGCCAGUGGAGACCAGGCGCUCGCAGCGGGCACACGGCGAGGCGCGGACCAUGCCGCUGAGCCGCGCCAGCAGCCCCGGCAGCAGCAGCUCCGUGCUGGAGGGGGGCUCUGCCUCGUCGACCGGCGGCAGCGGCCUGGCCGGGUCCACGGCGGGCCUGCUGGCGCCGUCCGAGCCCCAGGAGCAGUGCGGCUGGAUGCCGGGUCUGAGUGCCUCCUUGGCAGUGCUGUCCAUGGCCGCGAGCCUCGGCAACCUCAUGAGGCUCCCGCGAGUCGCCUUCCUUCACGGCGGGGGAGCCUUCCUGGUGGCGUACGCAGCCAUCUCACUGGUGCUCGGAGUGCCCCUGGUGUUCCUGGAGAUAGGCCUGGGCCAGCUGUGUCAGAGGGGCACCACCAAGCUGUGGAGAGCCGUGCCGCUGCUCAAAGGCGUGGGCUACGUGAAGAUACUGCUGUCAGUGUUGCUCGCUGCCUACUACCCUGUCUUCAUGGUGCUGUCCCUGUUCUACAUCCUGUGGAUCUUGCGCGGGCCACUGCCCUUCUCCGAGUGCCAGUUCGACUACGGUAUUCUCAAUGGGAUUCCAUGCUUGCAACUGACGUUCCUGAUGCCACUGAGUGACAACGCCAUGUGGUUUGGAGUGAACGUCGCCCUACUGUUCCUUUUAUGGACAGUCUGCAUGCUGCUGAUGUUCAGGAGCGAGCGGUCUUGUCGAGUGGCGAUGCUGCUCUCAUACUUCCCGACCAUGUGUUGCCUGGUGGCUCUUCUGGCAGAGUCCCUGGCCAGAGACCCCAGUGCUGCAGGCCUGCAACUGCUGGCCAGCCCCGACUGGGAGGACCUGCUCAGCAGCCAGGUAUGGUACCUCGCCACCAUCCAGAUGUUCCUGUCGACACACGUGGGCUUCGGCAACAUCGUCACCUGCGCAGGCGGACUCUACCCAAAGAGCGAUGCUUUCAGGACGGCGCUGCUGUACGUGCUCGUGAACCUGGCCCACGGGCUGCUCGCGGUGUGCCUGGUGUACCUGUGGGCCGGACAGCUGCGUGUCGAGGGACAGCCCCUGGACAGCUCGGUGCUGCCGGAGGUGUUCCUGCUCACUGCCGCCUACAACGUGGCCGUGUUCUGCAUGGGCUCGCUGGGGCACCUGUGGGCAUCCCUGGCCUUCCUGGCGGUGCUGUGCGCCGGCUUCUGCUCCAUGAUAACGGUGCUGUACACGCUGAUAGUGGCCUUCCCUCUGGAUAACUGCGGCAAGUGGCAGUGGUGGCACGCGGCAGGCUUCGUGUGUGCCACCUGCUUCCUGCUGGGCGUCCCGUGCUUCAUCCCCGAGUACUUGCAGUUGAUACACAUGCUGGACUAUUACGUUGUUGGCAGAAUGGUGCUGGCUUCCACGGUCCUCGAGCUGAUAGGCUUUGCGUGGAUAUACGGAUGUGAUGCACUUUACAUCGACUUCGAGUUCGUGUUGGGACACAAACUCGCACCAACCUGGAAAAUAUUUUGGGUGCUGGUUCCUUUGGUGCUGACUGGACUGGAGGUGUGGUCACUGGCGACCCUACCCCAAGAUGGGGAGGCAGGCCACUACAGUGACCCCCUGUGGAUAUACGCUACAGAAUGGACAAUGUACGUCUGCGCCUGGGGACUGGAGGUGUGGUCACUGGCGACCCUACCCCAAGAUGGGGAGGCAGGCCACUACAGUGACCCCCUGUGGAUAUACGCUACAGGAUGGACACUGUACGUCUGCGCCUGGGGACUGGAGGUGUGGUCACUGGCGACCCUACCCCAAGAUGGGGAGGCAGGCCACAACAGUGACCCCCUGUGGAUAUACGCUACAGGAUGGACACUGUACGUCUGCGCCUGGGUGCUCGUUGUUGCUGUCGCUGCCCAUACUCUGCACUCGCAGGUUGACUACAACUUCUCUCAGAAGCUGAGGAGCGCGCUGAAGCCGUCGCGCACCUGGGGGCCCGAGGACCCCGCGUACCGCCACGACUGGGUGCAGUGGCGGUGCAGCAACAACCACGCCGGGGAGAAGGACUUCACGUUCAGGCGGCGGGGCACCAAGGAGUACGCGCGCUGCAUCCAGCGGGCCGUGCCUGAGGCUGCGGGCAGGAGCUACAGGCUGGCCACCUCUGGCUCUGCACGGGACAAGGGGCCCUUCACGGUCCAGGCGCACGGCGGCGUGGACCACGUGUGCUGGCGCGGCUCCGCCCCCGCGCGCCGGUGACGGCCGCGCUGUCUCGGCGAGGCUGAGGCACUUCCAGCACAGCAGGAGCCACGUCAUUCGAGCAGUAUUACGCCAGACUGGAGUGUAGUUUUGCUAUGCAUACUUGUGAAGCGGAGUCAGUACAAAAAAAAACUGUUAGAAACAUUUUUCUUCAGACUUCUGCUGUCGCAGCUAGCAAAAAAAAACUACUCAGAUUUAAUUUACCAAAGUUGUUGUUAGUUAUGUGUUUGCUUAAACCACUUAAAUAACUGAUCUUAGGGGUUUUUUUAACGAUAUAAUGUAACAAUGUUAUAGGGGGACCCAAAAAAAAUUGACUUCAGUAGUAUAGGAAUGGGGCUUCUGGCACAGGCUUCCAGGCUGUGGUGCUGUGUGUCCUUUCCGCCAUCUUGGAUUGUGACGUCACGGCGGCCAUCUUGGAUGACCUUGACCUUGACCUUUGACCUUGACCUUUAA